GGGGCUAGCGGCCCGGCUGGGCAUGGAAGGCGGCGGGGGCAGCAGGGCCGAGCAAGGCUACCCAUGGACGGCUCCGGCAGGCUCCGACGGGACCCCUUCGGGCGGCUACUGCUGCUGCUGCUCCUGGCGCCGCAUCUCUCUGGCAGCACCAGCGCUGGCCCCGAGGGGCUGCUCUUCAUCUCCACCCUGGACGGCAGCUUCCACGCUGUGAGCAAGAAGACGGGGGACAUCCAGUGGACUCUGGAAGACGCACCGACUCUGCAGGUACCCGUGGACAUGGCCGAGCCGGCCUUCCUUCCGGACCCCAACGACGGCAGCCUGUAUGUCCUGGGGGGCAAACACAAAGAGGGCCUUAUGAAGCUGCCGUUCACCAUCCCUCAGCUGGUGCAGUCUUCCCCCUGCCGGAGCUCCGACGGAAUCCUCUACACGGGCAAGAAGGAGGACACGUGGUUCGUGGUGGACCCCGUGACGGGCCAGAAGCAAAGCACCCUCUCGACAGAAGCCUGGGACGGGCUGUGUGCCUUGACCCCGUUGCUGUACAUCGGACGCACCCAAUACAUCAUCACCAUGUAUGACACCAAGACCCGUGAGCUGCGCUGGAACGGCACUUACCUGGACUACUCUGCUCCGCUUCACGAUCCAAGUCAGGAUGACGGUGAGGGCGACAGAAUGGCCCACUUUGCUUCGAGCGGGGAGGGGCUGCUGGUGACCCUGGGCCAGGCCAGCGGGGAGCUGCUGUGGAUGCAGGACUAUGGGUCUCCUGUGGUGGGGGUCUACGCCUGGCACCAGGACAGCCUGCGGCGCCUGCCCCACCUCAACGUCGGCACGGAGAGCCUGCGCUACCUGGCCUUGCGCUCCCCGGACCCCCACCUCCUCAACUGGAACUACCCCUCCCCCAAGGAAUUCGCUGCCAGGAUGCAACUCCUGCCAACCCUCUACGUGGGCAAAGAUGCCUCGUGCCUUUACGCCUUGACCUCCCUGGUCUACGAAGGGAUGGCGCUGGUGCCUCGGGGAGUGACUCUGGCCCGGCUCAACGGCCCCACUACUGAGGAGGUCACGCUCCAGAAGUCCGGCGAGUGUGAAAUCACGCCCAGCACAGACGUCAGGUACCCCCAGGGCAGUGUCACUCUUCCUCUCAGCCAGUGGCUGCUCAUUGGACACCACGAGCCGCCCCCGGUGGUCCACACAACCAUGCUGAAGGCCUUUCCUGAGACCCUGAGGAGGACCCCCGAGAUCUUGCUGGCCCCCACGUCCCCCUCCAAGACACUCUUCGACGAAAUUCUGACAGAAGGUGGCCCAGGCGAUGGAGCCGAGGGUGGCCGAUACCCAGCCAAGCACCCCCUGGAGCGGACACAGGCUGACCCGGUGUUUGGCCCCUGGGAGCUGGCGGGGCCUGGAGUCGCGGCUGUGUUUUUUGGCGGGGGGAUCCUCUUCCUCAUGCUCUGGCAAAUGCAGCGGCAGAACCGGGACCAGCAGCAGCACCUGGAGCGGCGUCUAGAGGAGCUCUUGCUGCACCCAGGGGCCCUGGGGGGUCCGCCUCCCAGCCACACGCCCAUGGAGCAGCUCCUGGCAGCCCCCAGUUCUCCACCAGACACAUCCCCAAGAGGGUCUCCGCAGCCAGAGCAGAACACCAGCCCCUCUUCUGCCCAUGGGGAGUUUGACCACAGCGUUGCCCCAGCAGCAGCGGCGGCGGCUGACCCCGAAACGCUGGUUGUGGGGAAGAUCUCCUUCAACCUCAAAGAUGUGGUGGCCCGUGGGGCAGGGGGGACGUGUGUCUUCAGGGGCCACUUUGACGGGCGCAGGGUGGCAGUGAAGCGUCUGUUGCCAGAGAACACCCACCUGGUGGAACGGGAGGUCCAGCUCCUGCGUGAGUCAGACGAGCACCCCAAUGUCGUGCGCUACUUCUGCACCGAGAAGGACCGGCAGUUCCACUACGUCGCCCUGGAGCUGUGUGCUCUGACGCUGCAAGAAUAUGUGGAGAGCCCCACCCUCGACAGCCGAACCCUGGACUCUGCCUCCUUGCUACAGCAAACCAUGUCUGGUUUGGCCCAUCUGCACUCUCUUGGCAUAGUUCACCGGGACUUGAAGCCCAGCAACAUCCUGAUCUCAGCCCCCGACAUCCACGGCCAGAUCCGCGCCAUCAUCUCGGAUUUCGGCCUGUGCAAGAAGCUGCAAGCCGGCCGCUCCAGCUUCAGCCUGCGUUCGGGCAUCCCAGGCACCGAGGGCUGGAUUGCACCCGAGGUGCUCCGAGAGGCCCCGCAGGAGAACCCGACGUGUGCCGUGGACAUCUUUUCAGCCGGCUGCGUCUUUUACUACGUCGUGUCUGGUGGGCGGCAUCCCUUCGGAGACCGCUUGCGUCGUCAGGCCAACAUCCUGGCCGGGGCCUACCGGCUCGAGCACCUCCAGCCAGAGACACACGACAACGUUGUCAGCCAGGAGCUGAUAGAAGCCAUGAUCAGCAGCGACCCCCACCGGCGGCCCUCUGCUCCGCGGGUCCUGGCCAGCCCCUUCUUCUGGAGCCAAGAGAAGCAGCUGCAGUUUUUCCAGGACGUCAGUGACCGGCUGGAGAAGGAGCCGGUGGACGGGCCCAUCCUCGGUGCCCUGGAGGCCGGAGGGCAGGUGGUGGUCAGGGGCAACUGGCGGGCCCACAUCUCCAUCCCUCUGCAGACAGAUCUCAGGAAGUUCCGGGCGUACAAGGGCCACUCGGUGCGGGACCUCUUGCGGGCCAUGAGGAAUAAGAAACAUCAUUACCGAGAGCUGCCGGCAGACGUGCAGGAGACCCUUGGCGCAGUCCCACAGGCGUUUGUGCAGUACUUUACGUCCCGCUUCCCCCGCCUCCUCCAGCACACCCACCAGGCCAUGCGGGUCUGUGCCAGCGAGAGUCCACUGCGGCCGUACUACUACCCUGAGAGUUGAAUCGAGCAUGGCCAGUCUGAAGGAACAGGAAGGGGCCCGGGUUUCCAGAUCUUUGCAGGGCACGCUUCCCUCACCAGGAGAGGCUGCUGUGGCGCUUCCGGUCCGUUCCCCUGUUUGAGGAGCAAAGUCCCCGGAGUUCCUCAGAUCCAUUCACUGCUGGCAGGAGACAGAAGACCCAGAAAAACCGUCGAGUAGAACUGGUGGCUGCAGAUUGUGUGGGGGAGUUUUGUAACAUUAUUUUGUUAAUAAAACCCACAAAACAGA